UCUCUGAUUCUUGUCCAUAGGCUGGUCACCCUUUUCAGCAGCGCUGUGCCCAAUCAGCCUAUUCAAAUAGCAAGCAGAAGUGGGAGGCCCCCGUGUUUCUCCUCUUUUUGGACUGUGUGUGGCAAAUCCUUCGUCAGUUCCCGUGCUCUUUUGAAUUCAACGAGCAGUUCCUCAUUAUGCUCUUUGAACAUGCUUAUGCUUCACAGUUUGGGACUUUCCUGGGAAACAACGAAAACGACAGGUCUAAACUGAAGCUGCCACAAAAGACUAUGUCCCUGUGGUCCUGGGUGAACAGGUCUGAAGAGCUGAGCAAAUUCCAGAAUCCUCUUUUUGAGGCCAACAGCCUUGUCAUCUGGCCCUCCGUUGCCCCACAGAGCCUGCAGCUCUGGGAAGGUGUUUUUCUUCGGUGGAACAGGCCUUCCAAGUUCCUAGACGAAGCCCACGAAGAAAUGAUCAACAUCAUAAAAUACAACAAGGAACUUCAGGCGAAGGUUAACGCCUUGAGGAGGCAGCUAGCGGAGAUGGAGACGGAUGAUAAGAUGCAGGAGAACCUGUGAGCUGGCAGGGCUUUGCCUCGGGUCUUUCCUUUCCAGCCCCUUUUGUGUUAAAAGACUAAACACGGAAAGUGCAUGUAUUGCAGAGCCCUCUGGGUACGGUUGACCCUCAGUCCUCCCACUGCUGAAACCUCCACUUCACACUAUGUACCUCCCUGCUUUUUUUGGGAGGGAUUUCUGUUUUGUUUACAGAAGAU